CGGGAACAAGAAAACUCUCAUCAAGAUUUUACAAAAGAAUCCUCUGAUGGUGACAACAGAAACUCCUUUUACCAUCAUUGUAGUGAAGAGGAGCGACUUCGGCGUGGAGAAAGGAACAAUGAAUUCCAGUAGCGUGGUUCCGACUUCAAAGUAAACGUCCCAGAAUUUGGUGAUAAAUUGAAUGCUGAAGAGUUCAUCGGUUGGCUCUCAACGAUGGAAGUUUUUGAUUACAAAGAUAUUGCUGAGGAUGAACAGGUGAAGCUAGUGGCCAUAAAGCUAACCAAGCAUGCUUCAAACUGGUGGGAGCACUUGAAGAAGCAAAGGGUUCGCGAAGGCAAAAGUAAAAUCCGAACCUGGACCAAGAUGAAGAAAGAGAUGAAGAAGAAAUUUCUGCCCCAAAACUAUCUAGUAGAUUCUUUCCUCGAAUUUCACGAGUAUAAACAGAGGAAUCUGUCCGUGGAAGUUGCAUUUCAUCAUGCUACAAAAGAUGAGGUCUUGGACAUCCCCCUGCCAGAAUUACAAGGCCUAAGAAAUCUGAAAGUUGCAUUUCAUCAUGCUACAAAAUAUGAGGUGGUGAUUCACAAUAUAAGAUUGCCCAAGCAGAGCACUGUCGGGGAUGUGAUUAAUGUACUCAAAACGAAGGUAGAGCUCUCUCAACCAAAUGGAGAACUCCGACUUGUUGAGAUUUUCUAUCACAAGAUCUACAAGAUCUUCCCACAGAGUGAAAAAAUUGAGAAUAUAAAUGACCGGUACUGGACAUUGCGUGCAGAGGAGAUUCCAGAAGAAGAGAAAAACUUGGGUCUUCAUGACCGCUUGAUUCAUGUUUACCACUUUACAAAAGAGACUGCACAGAACCAGAUGCAGGUACAGAAUUUUGGGGAACCUUUCUUCUUGGUUAUUCAUGAAGGUGAAACUUUAGCUGAGGUGAAAGCACGCAUACAAAAGAAAUUGCAGGUCCCUGAUGAGGAGUUCGCAAAGUGGAAGUUUGCACUCUUGUCAUUGGGUCGUCCCGAGUACCUGCAGGACUCCGAUGUAGUUUCCAGUCGUAUUCAGACAAGUGAUGUUUAUGGUGCUUGGGAGCAGUACCUGGGGUUGGAGCAUGCUGAUACUGCUCCUAAGAGAUCAUAUGCAGUAAAUCAGAACCGUCACACAUAUGAGAAGCCAGUUAAAAUAUACAACUAAGAAAGCUGUUGAUCCUCAACCCUUGCAUCAGUUUGAACUAAGCAUCCUCUGCUGCAACAGAGGCAGUUUGGAAAUAACCAGGAUGAGAGCUGAGUGGUACAGCUAAAGAAACAAUGUAGCUCACAUAGAGGUGACUUUGUAGGACUUUUCAUUAUUGUUUUGUGGGCCCAAAUAUUUGUUCAUGUGGGUGGGGAAAGGGAGGUAUAAUCCCCUAGGAUGUGUAGUAUUGCUGGUACUCCCUGCCUGAGUUCUGCUGUCUGUUAUUUUCCUUUAUUUAUUUCUCCGUGGUGAAGGCACCUUCUUUCUUUCAGAGGGUGAUUGCUUUCCAUAUACAGCUCCAUAGAAAUUUAGCAGUACAUAAGGGGAUUUUUUAGGGCAUGUAUAUUGCGGGUACAGUCAGCUGCAUUUUGGAUUGCUUCUUUAUAAUAUUUCUUUCUGUACCUCCGUUACUUUUA